CACGUGUACACGCCUUCGCCUGGCUUCAGGAGCGAGCAGGCGCCAUGUUGCGCCUCGCGGCCAAGUUGGUGGCCUUCUUCUGGAGAAGGGAAGACGUCCCUGAGGAGGAGGCCGGGCAUCCUGGGGAGGAGCUUGUGGAAGGUAACACCAGGUUGAAAACUGUACAGGGUGUUGUGACAAGGUACUGUAGUGAUUAUGGCAUGAUUGAUGAUUUGAUCUACUUCUCCAAUGAGGCUGUGACUGGCAGUGUGGUUCUGAAUGUUGGACAGGAAGUUAUUGCACUUGUGGAAGAAAAUAAAGUGUCAAAUGGACUGAAAGCAAUCAGGGUAGAAGCUGUCUCUGACAAAUGGGAGGAUGACAGCAGAAACAGUGGCGGACAACUGACAGGCUCCAGCCCUCGAGUACUGAUUGGCUGUGUGACUUCCCUGAUGGAACAUGCUGGUUACAUCAAUCAGACCACAUACUUCUCUCUGGAGAAUGUGUGUGAAGGAUUCCAGCCAUGCAAGGGGGACUGGGUGGAGGCUGAGUACCGGAUCCGGCCUGGUACAUGGAACAGUGAGGCCAUCACAGUGAAGCCGCUGAGGUACAAGCGCGUGGACAAGGUCUGCAUCUCCAGCCUUUGUGGGAGGAAUGGGGUGAUAGAGGACAGCAUCUUCUUCAGCCUGGAUUCCCUGAAGCUCCCUGAGGGAUAUGCACCGCGAAGAUAUGACAUCGUCAACGCCGUGGUGGUAGAGAGCAGCCAGUCGUGCUAUGUCUGGAGGGCACUUUGCAUAACCCCUGUGAGAAGAGACUCUUCUGUUGGUGAGGCCCCAGAGGAGUCCUAUGGAACCCAGUUGCUGAAGAACAAAGGUGGUAUUGAAGUUACAAGGCUGACAGAUUUUGGAACACUGAAAGAAGGAGGAAGUAAAACAAUGGUGAUCUGGAUAGAGAAUAAAGGAGACAUUCCUCAAGAACUAAUAAGCUGCAAACUGGCUGGCUGGGAUAGAACUCAGCAGUUCAGGUUUCAGACACCAGACAUAGACCAAGCCUGCCCAGAGGCAUCUUUUGGUUCCAUUCCUGAGAAGAAGCAGCUUUUUUCAAAUGGAAAUGUCAACUCAUUAAAUAGCAACAGAAAAAACAAAGCCAAAGAGAGACUGGAGAGCAGAUUGGUGAACAACACAGAAAACUCUCCAGGUGACUAUGCCUAUGAAGGGAAAAGUCCAGAAAAAGAAAACACUCCAUCGAAAAAGCAGCUGACAGAGCCUAAGCCUGGGGGGCUCCUCCCUCCAGGAGGAAGAACCUUCAUUGUGAUGACAUGUGAUGCCAGAACCUCUGGCCGCUGCAAGGAGCUCCUUCUUUUGUGUUUCUCUGAUUUCCUCAUUGGGCGAUACCUUGAAGUGACUGUCGUGAGUGACGAGGAGGCACUGGUAGCUGUCCGUGAACCGUUUUCUUGGAAAAAGCCUAGACGUCCCCAAGCAGUAACACCCACCAAAACAACAGUUGUGACUACACAGAAAAGGAACUCAAGACGACAACUACCAAGUUUUCUUCCACAGUAUCCGAUACCAGAUAGACUAAAAAAAUGUGUGGAACAAAAAAUUGACAUCCUAACCUUUCAGCCACUACUUGCAGAGCUUUUGAACAUGUCAAACUAUAAGGAGAAGUUCUCCACUCUGCUGUGGCUUGAGGAGAUCCAUGCAGAAAUGGAGCUAAAGGACUACAGCAUGAGUGGAGUCACCCUGAAGAGGAACGGGGAUUUGCUGGUACUGGAGGUUCCUGGCUUGGCUGAGAGCAGACCGUCCCUGUACACAGGUGACAAACUGAUUUUAAAAUCUCAAGAGUAUAAUGGACAUGUCGUGGAGUACAUCGGCUAUGUGAUGGAGAUUCAUGAAGAAGAUGUGACUCUUAAACUUAAUACAGAAUUUGAACAAACAUACAACUCCGAACCUAUGGAUGUGGAGUUUACAUAUAAUAGGACCACAAGCAGACGGUGUCAUUUUGCACUUGAACAAGCCAUCCACUUAGGUGUAAAAGUACUGUUUCCAGAAGAAGUAAUUUUACAGUCUCCUCAGGUGACAGGAAAUUGGAGCCAUGCACAACAUGCCAAAAGUGACAAACAAUCCAUCACCAAGAACAGGAAAACUACAAAGGACCAAAGUAGAUAUUCGACAAAGGAGAAGAGUGUUGGUGCCAAGGAUCUGCCAAGGAUGGUGACCUCUGCUUCUGAGAUGAGUGAUUUGGUUGAUGAAGCACAUACUCCUAAAGGAAGAGAUACAGAAUUUUUCAAUCUGCUGCUGAAUGAAAAUCAGAAGCUUGCAGUUAGAAGAAUUCUGAGUGGUGACUGCCGCCCUCUCCCAUACAUUCUUUUUGGACCUCCUGGAACUGGAAAAACCAUGACCAUAAUCGAGGCUGUGUUGCAGGUACAUCAUGCUCUGCAGGACAGCCGCAUUUUGGUCUGUGCCCCCUCCAACAGUGCCGCUGACCUUGUGUGCUUGCGGCUACAUGAGAGCAAGGUACUGAGGCCUGCUUCCAUGGUCCGGGUGAAUGCCACCUGCAGAUUUGAGGAGACCAUCAUUGAUGCUGUCAAACCAUAUUGCAGAGACGGAGAAGAUAUCUGGAGAGCCUCCCGCUUCCGGAUAAUAAUCACAACAUGCAGCAGUUCAGGGCUUUUUUACCAGAUAGGAGUGAGAGUUGGACACUUCACACACGUGUUUGUGGAUGAGGCUGGGCAGGCGAGUGAACCGGAAUGCCUUAUUCCUUUGGGGCUGGUUUCAGAUAUCAGUGGUCAGAUUGUACUUGCUGGAGACCCCAUGCAGCUUGGCCCAGUUAUCAAGUCCAGGCUGGCCAUGGCCUAUGGGCUGAACGUGUCCAUGCUGGAGAGGCUGAUGUCCCGAGCCGUGUACCUGAGAGAUGAGGAUGCAUUCGGUGCUUGUGGUGCAUACAACCCGCUGUUGGUCACAAAGCUGGUGAAGAACUACAGGUCCCACUCUGCCCUGCUGGCACUGCCCUCUCGCCUGUUCUAUCACAGGGAGCUCGAGGUCUGUGCAGACCCCGAAGUGGUGACCUCUCUGCUGGGCUGGGAGAAGCUUUCCAAGAAAGGCUUCCCUCUCAUUUUCCAUGGGGUGAGGGGCAGCGAGGCUCGUGAGGGACGCAGCCCAUCAUGGUUCAACCCAGCUGAGGCUGUCCAGGUUAUGCGCUACUGCUGCCUCCUGGCCCAGAGCAUGUCCAGCCAGGUGUCUGUCAAGGACAUAGGUGUCAUCACACCCUAUCGGAAGCAGGUGGAGAAAAUAAAAAUUCUUCUGCGAAAUGUUGAUUUGAUGGACAUAAAGGUUGGAUCAGUCGAGGAGUUUCAAGGACAAGAAUAUUUGGUGAUCAUCAUUUCAACUGUACGUUCAAGUGAAGAUAGAUUUGAAGAUGAUCGAUAUUUUUUAGGUUUCUUGUCCAACUCGAAAAGAUUCAACGUUGCAAUCACCAGGCCCAAAGCCCUGCUGAUUGUGCUGGGGAACCCUCACGUGCUAGUCAGAGACCCCUGCUUUGGAGCGUUGCUGGAAUACAGUGUUACAAAUGGUGUUUACACAGGGUGUGAUCUACCUCCUGAACUACAGUCUCUGCAAAACUGUGGGUAGACCGUGUACCCUGCAGGAUCCAAAAGGACUGAGAAGAGUUGGGCUCACCUGACGCAAGGCGGCCGACGUGUGGGGAGGGGAGACCCCUGGGGCUGGCCUAGCCGCUUUCCUGUUUCUGUUCUAUGGCUCCUAUAGCCACUUUGUCUCAUGGCCGUGAGCAUUGACGCGGGCAGGGCACACUGAGCCAGCCGAAUUAUUACUGCCCCUGCCACUGACCUUGGUUCCUGUCACUGGGUAGCUACCACUCCUACCUACCUCUAAAAUAAACAGUCAAAUG